GCUGGGGCAGUGCCGGCUCAGGGCCGAUUCUGGGAAGAAUAAGGCUAACUGGGCCGUCAAUGUGACCCACUAUUGCCCAGAACUACAGAGCACAGGACUCCCUGCAUCCCUGGCCUUCCAGGGCCUCCUCUCAUUGGUCCCUUGCCAGCUGGCCCUUCACUGUACUCUAAAGAUGGACAACCAUGAUCUUACCCUGGAGCUAGGCCAGUCCUGCAGUCCGGCAGCACGCUUCUCUGGAUCCCUGACACACUCCUUCCCUGGGCUCCGGACCAGGGGCCUCCCCCUGAAGACCAGCAUAGAGGCUUCGGCCCCUGAGGGCCCUGGACAGACUGGGGCCCUGUUUAUUAAAGCUGGCUUGUGUUAUAUCAGAGCUAAUGGAGACAUGGGGCUUAAUGGAAGGACACAGUGGUUGUGGGCUACGGAGUCAGAUUGUCCGUUGCUACAGGGCCUCGGCCUUCCCUCCCAGGUCCACCUGAACGGCUCCGUGGGAACAGAUGACCACAAUGUCUGGAUGGCCAUUUUGGAUGCCAGUGUGGAGGGGCCUGGGCUGAGGCUAGAGGGACACCUCAACCACAACCUCACAGCCCUUGGGGGGUUACCGGGCCAGAGUAGGAUAGUGGUGACCGGUAGUGGUAGGGCAGACUCACAGGGCUACGAUACAGAGGCGGAGCUACAGCUGGGUGAAUGUGCCGUGAGAGGCUCGGCGACGGUGAUGACAGGGGACCGCCUGAAGGGGGCAGUGGUGUACCACAACAACUGCACUGCAUUACAGGAAUGGGGUAGUCCAGUUAAGAUGGAAGGUUCUUGGUCCUUGGUCAUCACCCAGACAUUUCUAGAUACCCAUGUCUCCAUGGCGAUGGAUGAAAAUAACCUACAGGCUUUGAUGGCACUGAAAACAACAAAGGGUUGGCAGGAAGCAUCAGGCCAUCUCAACCACUCUGUGCCCCUGCUACAAAGGGUGGGCCUCCCCGCCAAUUCUGCCAUGGCGAUGCGCUCAGAGAGCCAUGGCAACAGCUCCUACCACUGGCUCCUCCAUUGCAUCGUGGGUAGCCAACAGUUAAUAGAGGAGAUGACAGUCGAGAGGAGUCAAGGGAUGGUGAGGGUGAAGAGCGUUGUCAAUCACACUAUGGCAUUUCUGAAGAACUGGGGACUGCCAGAGAACAACAGUAUCCAGCUAGAGCUUGGUUCUGGGGAGGUGAGGAACCUGACCAUUCAGUCCCAGUUUGGAGCUCAGCUAGCAAGACUGGGUCUUCAGCUGAAGGACAGUCCAUUGGCUACUGAACUGAGAGGCAACCUGUGGCACAGUUGCCUUUGGCUUCAAGAGAGAUGGUUUCCACAGACGAUGGAGGCCCUAUGCUCCAUACAUGGGGUGAUGUCUCAGCUGCGGUCCAGGGCUCACCUCUCCAUGGACGGACACAGGCUGCUGGUGUCUGGCCUGAACGUCAGCGUAGCCGAUGGACGUCUGGCCAUGCUGCUCUCUCUGACCCCUCCCUCAUCACUACGUACAUACUUGCCAUAUAGUCUGGACACAGCCAUGACCGCCCAAUUCACAGGGCCCAUGAGAAGUGUGUCAGUGGACCUGCACUGUAAGGGGAGACGGGUGCGUGUUGUUGGGGACGUGAGGGGCUGGGGAACCUAUGGAGGGUCCAGGGAGGCCAGAGCCACAAUACAGCACAGCUUACAGGGACAGACUAGCCCUAUUCUACAGGUGGAAGCCUGGGGAAGACUGACUGACUCUCAGCUCAGGUGCUCUGUAGCUGUGAACCCUGAGCUCAGCUCCUCUGUGGCCCUCAUCAUUCAGGGACAUCAUCUACCAGACAGUAAGGAGCUGAUGGUGAAGGUGUUCCAGAAUAUCCCACAGUUGCUGCCCUAUCUGCCCACUCAACUCAACGCCAGAUCUCAG